AGUACGUGGUACAGGGUAGUGUUUUAUCGGUUAAAAUAAACCUUAUAGAUACCACAGACUCUAAUAAAACUUUCAGAAUAGUUUGAAGUACGGAGUACCACCAUAUUGCGUGACUGUCUUGCUCAUUUAAACUAUCACUUAUGAUGACAGGCCACUUGUCCUACUGUCCUGUCUGCAAAACACGUGAGUUAUUGCAGCAACUGUAGACGCUGUAUCAGAACACGAGGUAGCUAGUCUAAAUAAUGCAAUAUUGCAGAUUUGUUUAAAGUAUAUCUGCAAUUUAAAGGUCCUCUUUAACUUUUUUUUCUUCUGUAGACAAGAAUCUGCUGCGCCAUUUGACCCCUCAAUGGGUUUAUUAAUUGCAAGUCAGCUUGCACUGAGGGCUGCCAGGUGUUCCUGGAGUCCCUUUUCAACAUCAAAAUCAUGGAUUUCCUCCAGGACCAGCCCUCUGGGGGACAAGAACAUCCUGCUCAUGGGUCCUCCUGGAGCAGGGAAGACCACAGUGGGGAGGACAGUGGCCCACAGACUGGGACUGCCUGUCAUUGAUGUUGAUGACGAUGUCUUGGAGACAACAUGGAAGAUGCCUGUGGCUGCCAAGCUUGCAUCAGUCGGUGGAGCUCGUUUCCUUGAGGAGGAAGGCCAAGCUUUGUGUAACUUCUCUGCCUCUGGGUGUGUUGUUUCCCUGACAGGCUCUAACCCUCUUCACGCGGAGGCGAUGCAGCACGUCAGACAGACUGGGCUGGUCAUCUACCUGGAUGUGGACAGUGAGGAUAUCAUAAGGAGACUCACCCGGAUGAAGGUGAACAGGAUAGUUGGCCAGGAGGCAGGGGUAUCCAUGAGGGACAUUCUGCAUUACAGGAAGCAGUUCUAUGAGAAAUGGCUUGAUGUGCGUGUUUUGUGUGGAACAGGAGACACAGUGGAGGAAGUAGCAGAGAAGGUAUUGAAGGCUGUGGAGAGAUAUCAAAAGCAUGCAGCAGAAACCUACGUGUCAACCAGGUGUGACAGCACGGGAACAUCCAAACAGAAUACAUACUUCAGCGAUGUGGUUGUAGAGGGUCUGGCCACAGAUGGAGGCCUCUAUGUUCCCAAAAAUGGCUUCCCAAAGAUUGAUGCUCGCGAAUGGUUGAGAUUAGCUGACAUGUCAUACCCAGAACGAGCGUUAGUUAUACUUGAAAAGUGCAUACACCCAUUAGAUGUCAGUGCUUUGGAUCUCAGGACAAUGGUGUUGAAGGCGUAUGGGUCAAACUUUUCAAGUGAGGCAGUUGCACCUGUAAAGCAUCUUAACCACAAUCAGUAUGUUCAGGAGCUUUUUCAUGGCCCCACUGCCUCAUUUAAAGACCUCGCCUUACAAUUGAUGCCCCAGCUCUUCGCCUACUGCCUCCCAUCAAUGUGCAACUACCUCAUUCUGGUAGCCACGUCUGGAGACACUGGAAGCGCAGUGCUCAGUGGCUUCAGCAGGCUCAGCGGGACUGAUAGACACAGGACCGGCGUGCUGGUGUUUUUCCCAGAGGAAGGGGUGAGUGAGAUUCAGAAGCUCCAGAUGAUGAGCCACAGGGAGGGCAACGCCAGGGCUGUCAGUGUCUUGUCAGACUUUGACUUCUGUCAGAGAGCCAUCAAGCGGAUGUUUGGAGAGUCUGGGCUGACAGGGCAUCUCGCUGUGGAGUACGGCACAGUCCUCAGCACUGCCAACUCCAUCAACUGGGCGCGACUGUUGCCACAGGUUGUUUACCAUUCCUCAGCCUAUCUGGAUCUGUGCAGAGACGGUGUUAUCAAGUUUGGAGAGCCCAUUGAUGUUUGCAUCCCUACUGGAAACUUUGGCAACGCCAUGUCAGCUGUGUACGCCAAGCAAAUGGGCAUCCCGAUAAGGAAAGUCAUCUGUGCAUCCAACCACAACCGUAUCAUCACAGACUUUAUCACUACAGGCAAGUAUGAUCUCCGGGGACGGCCGCUGAUGCUGUCCCACUCCCCGGCUAUAGAUAUCCUGAAAUCCUCCAACCUCGAGAGGUUUAUCUACCACAUCUCAGAUGGAGACAGCCGUCUUGUCAAGGACCUGUUCACACGCUUAGACAGACAGGAGCACUUUCAGGUUCCUGAGCCUCUUCUUGGCAGGAUACAGCAGGAAGUGCUGGCUGGAUGGUGCUCUGAAGACGACUGCUUGGCCGCCAUCCACAGCGUUCACACACAAGCAGGGUACAUCAUGGACACACAUACCGCUGUGGCUAAAGUUGUGGCUGAUAGGCUGCAGGAUGGUUCGUGCCCCGUGGUGCUUUGUUCCACCGCUCACUACGGGAAAUUUGCUCCUGCUGUGUUCAAAGCUUUACAAAUCCAGAAUGUUCCAGAGGAUCCUGUUGAGCAGCUGAAGAAGCUCGGAUCGACGGCAUCCAGACCAGAGAUGCACAGAGACAUGAUGAAAUGCCUGAAGGAAGGUGGCAGGAAACAACACACUGUUUGUCAGGCAGAGUACAGUGUGUUGGUAGAAGAGGUGGAGAACAUGAUACAGGACUCCUUCUUAAAAGUUAUAUAGAAUUAUUUUAUCUUUUGUUAAUUUCCCCCUUAAAUUAACAUUAAUGUGUCCUGAAUGUAUCAUGUAUUGUUCAUGCGUUUUUGUAACUUAAGGAGAAAAAUAAUAAAUACAAUGGAAAAAAUAAAUACAAUAUAUAAA